AUGUGUUGCAUCUGUUGGCUCCGACAGUUGCUACGGGCACAGAGCGUGCCCCAUGGCAGGCCUUUCAUGGGAGUUGCUGUCGCUUGCCCUCCUCAGCUUCUAGGAUUGUCGGAGGUUCAAGUACAAGAGCUUGUUCUUGACAACUGCAGAUCAAAUGAAGGCAAAAUUGAGGGGCUGUCAGGAGAGUUUGUCAACUUGGAGUUUCUCAGCUUAAUAAAUGUGGGGCUGACAUCUGUCUUGAAUCUCCCGAAGCUCCCCAAAUUGAAAAAGCUUGAACUCAGUGACAACAGAAUUUCUGGAGGUCUUGAUGUACUAGCUGAGAAGCUUCCUAACCUCACAAAUCUAAACCUCAGUGGAAACAAGCUGAAGGAUAUCAGUACCUUGGAGCCAUUGAAAAAAUUGGAAUCUCUGAAGAGCCUUGAUCUGUUUAACUGUGAGGUAACAAAUCUAAAUGACUACCGAGAGAGCGUCUUCAAGCUUCUCCCUCAGCUUACCUACCUGGAUGGAUACGAUCAAGACGACAAAGAGGCUUCUGACUCAGAUGCUGAAGUAGACGGUGUUGAUGAGGAAGAUGAAGAGGAAGGUGAGGAAGAAGAUGAAGAAGAAGAAGAAGAAGAUGGUGAGGAGGAAGAAUUUGAUGAGGAAGAUGAGGAUGAAGAAGGAGAAGAAAUAGAAGAUGAGGAAGAUGAAAUCAGUGGAGAGGAGGAAGGGUUUGGCCAUGAUGGCGAAGAGGAGGAGGAGGAAGAGGAUGAAGAAGAAGAUGAAGAGGAUAGUGGGAAAGGUGAAAAGAGAAAAAGAGAAGCAGACGACGAAGGGGAUGAAGAUGAUGACUAAGGCCUCGCGUGCCCUCAAAGGACUGUUCAGUAUUGCUUGGGCCACCCCUUGGAUGAUCUGUGACCGAGGAGCACGUGAGGCACACCUGUAGUCGUCUAACAAGCCCCCCCCUCCCCCCCCCGGGUGCAGCACCUAAAGAGCCAAAGAGUCGGCCAUUCCUGUGACAUUCCACACACCCCGCAGCUGAUCUCUCCAGGUGGUUACAGAGCUAGCCCAGCUGGGCCUAGCACCUUCACUUAAUCCUCUUGGGGUUCCCAGGCCUUCAUCUCCCAACCGUUGCCAUAGCGAGACGAGAGCGAGUGUGAUGGGUCAGUCCUGGUUGUCAGGGGAUACACACACCCCCACCCCACCCCCCACUGACUUGUAGUCCCUUUUUACUUUCUGUGUGACGAGGCUUUGUAAAUAGAGUCCUGAUGUUUUGGGGGACUGUUUCUUCAUGCUUUGCUUUCCCUUGCCUCCCUUUUCCUUUUCUAAGACGUUGGAUAUUUUUUACAUUAGGAUGUUUUAUGCAACAACAGAAAAAGUAUUUUUAAGAACUUGAAUGAAAUAAACGUUAUUUGGUAAACUAGUCUUGUAAAUUGGUUAUAUUCAAACUCUUUUAUCUGGGAUUCUGUGGCUUCCCCCCGCCCCCCUUCUUUCUCUGAAGCCAGAAUAUGGGCAGGGUAGUAUACUCUCUGCAUUGGAAACAAAAAUAAAAAAUUGUG